CUACUACUGGUGAAUGAGAGAGAGAGAGAGCAUUCUUGGCGCCCAAGUGUAGCUCUUUUGCUACAAUUUACCUCGUACAUUCACAAUUUCCUGUAAAGAUAGGUCACCACCAUGGCCACCGCCACCACUUGCUCUCACCACCGCCUAAGCAGGGUACUGCAGAGUAAUGACGAGGCCUCCAUCCAUCCACAUCAAAGUUGGGGAUGGCGGGGGAAGAUUUCUCUUGGCUCCAUCCAAGUGAUCUCGGAUUCACUUUCUCGGCGUUCCAGCCUCGCUUGCUCUCGUCAUUCCUCUCGUUCCGCCGUCCAUGGGGCCAUUGGGCCAUCGGAGGGAUAUGGGCAAGGGCAUUUACUCUCACCCACUCACUCACACGAACAUUUCAAAUGGCUGGGGGAUAUCGCUCAGAUGGGCUUCUUAUGCAUUUGUGGUGACAUCGUCUUUGAAUCUACAAGGAAGGAAGGAAGGGAGAGAGAAAGAGACAGACAGACAGGGAAAAAGUCACAAUUGCGGAAAUUGGCCGAAUCCGGACCAAAGAAAGAAGCCAAAUUUUUGUGGCCAAGCUAGUCGUGAUUGUGUGGUGGAAGUGCAUAUAGAGUGGAUCUUGAUAUCAGGAAAUCCUCAGACGACUUUCUUCCUCCCAAAGGGGAAACCCCCGACCCAACACCGACAGAUUCAACGGAUAUCAGCUGAGUGUCUGCCACAGAUUACAUGGUCAUGGAUCCUUCAUCCCCAUCGAAUGCAGCUCCUCCACCACCGCCGCCUCCGUCGAUCUCGGACCUCUAUUCCGGUUCGGGCUUGCUCAGUGGCAGCCUCAAUCAUCACCUCGUCAAUGGAGGUGGGGGUCAACAUCAAUCCUCCGGCUCUCAUUUGUCCGAGUCUCUGAGCUCGGAGCAAAAGGCCAAAUACUCGGCCAUGACUCUGUUCAACAACAAUGUCUACAGUCCGAGCAGUCACAUGUUGCCGUCUAGCAACUCGGGUGGAGGCAAUCACCAUCAGACCUCAUCCUCAGUGAGUCCACUCCCAUCGGUUCGAUCGAGCGGCACGUCCAAUAAAUACAGUGAUUAUGGUUACUCGCCUUAUGGCAGCAGUUCGGUCAAUGGACCUCCCGUGUCGAAUUAUGAUCCCUUGGCUGGAUUUGCCUCGGGUCAAACCGGGUCAAUCGGGGCAUCCGAUGCCUCCUCAGGGCUGUCGAUGAGUCCUUGGAUGCAAGACUCAUCGCCCCUCUCUCAUACUAUGUCCUCAUACUAUUCUCAUCAUCCGGCUUUCCUAUCGCAUCAUCAUCAUCAUUCUGCGGCUGCCGUGGCUGUGUCGCAUCACUCCCACCAUCCGCAUUCUCAUCAUCAUCCUUCGGCUCGUGACUUUAGGGAUGUUGCUGUCAUGCAGGGCGGCGGGGACGGACAAUCCAUGAUUCCAGCAACUCUGUUGGCCGGAUACCAAGGAUCCGGUCCCAUUCAGCUUUGGCAGUUUCUAUUGGAACUCUUGACCGACAAAUCGUGCAAGCCGUACAUUUGUUGGACAGGCGAUGGUUGGGAGUUCAAACUCACCGAUCCUGACGAGGUUGCCCGACGUUGGGGAGUGCGGAAAAAUAAGCCUAAAAUGAACUACGAAAAACUCUCACGAGGCUUACGUUACUACUAUGAUAAGAAUAUCAUUCACAAAACCAACGGAAAGAGAUACGUGUAUCGUUUUGUGUGCGAUUUGCAGUCCUUGUUGGGUUACACCCCUGAGGAACUGCAUGCCAUGGUGGAACUACAAAACUCUCACUCUCCCAGCUCGCCCCACAAUGAUCUUGGACACAACCCCGGAUCCAUAUCAUCCAUAGUCAAGAAGGAACAACACGAACCAUUGAUAUAGAUUAAUUUAUACCCAUAUCGCAACGAAAUAGAUAACUGUUACCACAAAAAGAA